GUGUGAGCUGUCCAAGCCUUCCUGGGCGUGGUGGGUCAGACAGACGGUUUUUUUUGGCACACUAGUGUUCAGUUUGGCGGUGUGGCAGGACGCUUUCUGCAGCGAGGGCUGUUGAAGAAGAAGUUGUUACAGGGUCACGUCGAGACAAGCAACCAUGACUACAACAAAUGUGUUUCAGGGACUUGAUAGUAGUGGCAAACCGAGUUCAAGGGUACUAAGACCUCCAGGUGGAGGGUCAAGCAAUCUCUUCGGUGGUUAUGAAGAAGACACUUCUGCCUCCAGACGACCAAACAAAAUGUCCUCCUCUAUUUUCUCUCCUCAAGAAUCCACAGGGGCCCAGGAGAGUCCCAAACGCUCCAAUCCCCCAGGUGGAAAGAGCAGUGGGAUAUUUGGGGAGCCAGGGGCUCCUUCGACUCAGAGCAAGCCAGUUCCUCCUGGUGGAGCAGCCAGUAACAUCUUUGGGGGAGCAGAGUCGACCCCACCUUCUGUGAAGAGUCAACAUCCCAACAAACCAAAGGACAAUUUAAGUGUGGGUGUACCUGCUACUCCAGAUCCACCAGCCUCAGUGCCUAAGAUGACUGUAGUUGAGGAGGUGAAGGCGGCGCCAGUGCCCCCUCAACCAACACCUGAAAAAGAGCCAGCAGCCCCUGCACCCGCAGCCAAUCAGAAGUCUGAGGCAGCCACACAGCAACCAACAGAAAAGGACCAUGAGCCACGCCUCGGACCCCGCCCUCGCUCUCACAACAAAGUGCUCAACCCACCGGGUGGAAAGUCCAGUGUGGUUUUCUAUUAGCCAUAGCCACCACUGUCACUUCUCUCCUUCCAUCUUCUUUUAACCAUUUUUUUUUUUUGUACUAAAACUUAUCCUUUUUCAUUUUUUUUUUUCAUUUUUCCCGCAAGUCUGUCACUCUGCAUUCCUUUUUGGCUUCUGCACUUUUUUUUUUUUUUUUAAAUUCAUUCCUCACUUGCAUUUUUCAUGUCCAUCUACUUGGAAUCACUGUUGCUGUCGCUCCAAAAACUGGAUGGUUAUGUUUCCUUUCAAAUGGUUUGCAUUGACGGUUGUUCCUCUCUACGAUUAUGUUCUCUGUUUGCUGAUGUAUUACAUACAAGUUUGCCUCAUGAAUCUCAGAGCAGUCUAUGCAGUGUUCAUCUGGUACAAAUGUUGAUCGCCAAAGCAAGCUCUUCAGUAUCAGCGUAUUCAGAUCUUCCUUUUGAAAACCAGUGGAUGUGUUCUGAUGACAAUUUCUUUUGUGCAAUAAGGUGAUUUAAUUUUUUUUUUUUUGAUAAAGAAACUGUCCUAUGUAAGUAGUAGAUUAGAUGGUUAACCAAACACAGUUUUUGUAACUGAUGAUCGCCAAAGCACACGUGUAUGACAAUGAGUAGAAUAUGUACAAUCGGGCAUCUUUAACAUAUCACUCUAUUAAAAUGUCCUUGCAUGCAUUUGAAUGUAACCAGAGACUCUUAAACUCUGACAAUCAUCUGAUAUGUCUGAUUUUGUACUUGAAAAGAGUUGCUGCAACAUUUCAUUCUUUAAUACUCUUGUAUUCGGUCUUUUCUCCCGUUAGCCAUCUGCUUUAUUCUUUACAUGGCAGUUGGAAGGUCAAAUAUGACACAUCUGUGAGUAUGUGUAAUGUGGGAAAUGCCCACACACACCGGUGCCAUCCCUGCCCAAAAUACUUCAGUGGUUGCUUGGCAAUGUCUGCAUUGAUGUCACAGAGGCCUGAUUCAAACAAUACAUCUCUGUAUUGGUCACUUGUAUGCCGUUGGAUUUUUUUUUUUUCUUUUCCAUGAUAAUAUAAGGAUGUUUUACCAUGUUGCUUGAAAUAAACUAACAGAAAUCUUCAUUUGAAAAGUUA